GCGGGGCCUUAGCUGCGCUGCUGUACACAGCUGCGAUUUCGCGCCAAACUUGACCGCACUCCUAGCGUGAGGGCUAGUAGGGUCUCUUCGCCACGGCAAACAUGGUUCGCCCGCUGAACUGCAUCGUCGCCGUGUCCCAGAAUAUGGGCAUUGGCAAGAACGGAGACCUGCCCUGGCCUCUGCUCAGGAAUGAGUUCAAGUACUUCCAAAGAAUGACCACAACCUCUUCGGUGGAAGGUAAACAGAAUCUGGUGAUUAUGGGUAGGAAAACCUGGUUUUCCAUUCCUGAGAAGAAUCGACCUUUAAAGGACAGAAUUAAUAUAGUUCUCAGUAGAGAACUCAAGGAACCACCACAAGGAGCUCAUUUUCUUGCCAAAAGUCUGGAUGAUGCCUUAAAACUUAUUGAACAACCAGAGUUAGCAAAUAAAGUGGACAUGGUUUGGAUAGUCGGAGGCAGUUCUGUUUACCAGGAAGCCAUGAAUCAGCCAGGCCACCUCAGACUCUUUGUGACAAGGAUCAUGCAAGAAUUUGAAAGUGACACAUUUUUCCCAGAAAUUGAUUUGGAGAAAUAUAAACUUCUCCCAGAAUACCCAGGCGUCCUCUCUGAGGUCCAGGAGGAAAAAGGAAUCAAGUACAAGUUUGAAGUCUACGAAAAGAAAGACUAACAGAAAGAUGCUUUCAAGUCUACUGCUUCCCUCCUGAAAUUAUGGAUUUUUAUAAGACCGUGGGACUUCUGCUGGCUUUAGGUCUAUGAGUAAUUAUUUCUUUAGGGAGAGGUAGUUAGGAAGGAGUGUUUGUUUUGUGGUACUGGAGAUGGAACCCAAGGCCCUGGGAAAUGCUGUACUGCUGAGCCUCCCCAACCCAGCCCACAGACAAUUCUAAACAAUGUUUUCAUUUCUUAUCAUCUAAUAGGUUAUACUAAAUACUCCUUAAGAAGUAUCACUUCCUAUCACGGUCUCCAUGCCCCUCCCCUGAGGCCUCAAGUGGCCCCCUAGCAUAUGCACAAGGUGUUGUGUGUACAAGAGACCCCCCCCAAAAAACAUAGAACCCCUGGAGCAUGAGCUGAGACAGGGCUCAUAGAAGUAGGAACUAGACAGAGAAGUCCAAAGGGCAGAAAUCGGUUUUAAACAGCAGAGCUGGAACUCGGACUUUAAAAGAAAAUGAGAUCAAAGUAGAGAGUAGAUUAUUCUGUGCACAUCACACUUGCUGCAAAGCCCUGUUCACUCAGACAGAAAAUCGGUAAAUUGAGAACUCCAUUGUGUUCCAUGGAGAUGAGAGCAGGUGGAAGAUUAUGUAAGGUCUGAAACACUGAAAUUGUCUGUUUCUCAUCUUCAGUGAGAUUCCAGGGGAUAUUACAGUGACAGAACAAGAAUAGGCGCUUUCUCCCAAAAAAAAAAAAAAAAAUUAAGUAAUAGCAAGCAUAAUAGCUACUGUUAAGAACUCAAAGAUAAUGAAUUGAGAAUGGAUACUGCUUAAGAUGAAAAUUAAUAAGUUAGAAACUAAACUUUAUAAAAAUUAAAAAUGAGCAUUAAAAUGGCUUUUCUCAGCAGGGUUCAUAUCAUCAAGUCAGGGAAGUAUUUCUGCCUGGCCUUGUAAAUUAGUAUGUUCUUUUUAUCUUUGCUUGACAAUUUCA